CACUAAUUGCGGGACUGGAUGGUGUGUGACCAGCAGCAGACUCCCGGUAGAGGCUGGCUGCUCCACCUGUUAGCCGCCUGCAGACCGUCACCGUGAGGCGGCAGCGCUAAGUGGAUGUGACUGCACUGAUUGCACUCCACGGGAAAGCGAGAAGAAAUAGCCUACCUCUGAUCAUCAACGCGUCAUAUAAUGUUUCAGCGGACGCCCCUCCCCCUGUCUCGUUUUUUCCCCUCACUCAACCUCUCCUUUGACUCACAGAGGCGGCUCACCACUGGCGCACGGACCGUGGAGGAUACGCGCAGAAGAUGGCUGACUUAGCCGGGCACCGCGAGCCCUCGGCGGCAUCACCAGCGUCACACGGGCCGCUGAAGAGCUGCGAGACCUCCGCCGUCUGGCGACUGUAAACAGCUGCCUCUCUCACCCCCUCCUCUCCCCUCCUCACCGCAAAUAUUGACAGAAGUAUCACAGAGAAAACAUGGCAGAGAUGGAAAAAGAGGGCAGACCUCCGGAAAAUAAAAGAAGCCGGAAACCAGCUCACCCGGUGAAAAGGGAAAUAAAUGAAGAGAUGAAGAGCUUUGCAGAGAACACCAUGAAUGAGCUGCUGGGCUGGUACGGCUACGACAAGGUGGAGCUGAGAGACUCUGACAACCUGGAGAUCGGGGAGACGCCACAGCACAUCUCUGUCCUCAAAGAAAACUCGUUGCCAAAAAUCCCAGCUUCAACAGAGAACAGCGAAAGCUCUCCCGACCGAGCCAACAGCUCGCAGUCGCUGCCAGGAUCCAGGAACGGAGUCACAGAGUCCUCCACCACGGCGUCCACCUCCACGCCCAGCACCAAGGAGCAUGGCAACCUGCCCAUCAUCGUCCCCAUGAUCCCCCCACCGCUCAUCAAGCCCCCUGCAGAUGACGAUGCAUCCAAUGUGCAGAUUAUGUGCGCCUGGUGCCAGAAGGUCGGCGUCAAACGCUAUUCUCUGAGCAUGGGGAGCGAGCUGAAGAGCUUCUGCAGUGAGAAGUGCUUCGCUGCCUGCCGCAGAGCCUAUUUUAAGAGAAACAAGCUGGGAUAUGUAAGGAAUUACGCCGCGAGAGACGACGAUGGCCUCGGUGGGAAAUUACCCCAGCACAGCUUUACUCAGGACACGCCCAGGCUUGUCUUCAAGACAAACAGCGAUGUGCUUGUGUGUGACUGGUGCAAACAUAUUCGCCACACUAAGGAGUACCUGGACUUUGGUGCUGGUGAGCGGAGGCUGCAGUUCUGCAGUGCCAAAUGCCUGAACCAAUAUAAAAUGGACAUUUUCUACAAGGAGACCCAGGCCGCCCUGCCUGGAGCGCUGUGUAACCCAGGACAUGGUGCUGCUGGGGAAGGUAAGCCAGAGUGUAGUGGAGGUGUACAGCUGCUCACUCCUGAAUCCUGGGGAACGCCAUUAUCGGAUCUACGGCGAAAAGCUCCCUCACCUGGGGGGCCGUCCACCACCUCUGCUUUGGCUCCUUCUACUUCUUCUGCCACCUCACCCUCAGACACGACCGCUGUCUGCUCUCCGUCCUCCUCCUCUUCAGCCAAAAUCCCCACACCCAGGCCCCAUGAGAGCCCUACACUUCCCCCUCCGCCCGUUCAUUCUUUGCAUCCACCAGUUGGGGUUCCCUCUGGUAGCCCUCCUAUGGUGAUGACACCCCGAGGACCUAUGCCCCUGCCUCUGUUCAUGGAGCAUCAAAUGAUGCAGCAGAUUCGUCCACCGUUUCUUCGACCCUCUGGUCAUCCAGCAGGACCCAACAGCCCGCUGUCAAACCCCAUGAUCCCUGGGAUCGGCCCACCGCCUCCCCCUAGGACCCUAGGCCCAGCAUCAAGUCCGAUGCACAGGCCUUUGCUCUCUCCACAUGUCCACCCCUCAUCCAAUCCCAACCCUGCCAUGAUCCCCCCACAUCCUGGCAUCCCCAUGCCAGGCCUGCCCCCUUUCCCCCCAGUCAACAUGAUGCCCAAUGGACCCAUCCCUUUGCCCCCAAUGAUGAACUUUGGCAUGCCAUCCUUGGCCCCAUUGGUACCCCCGCCAACUCUCUUGGUCCCUUACCCUGUCAUUGUACCCCUACCAGUCCCAAUCCCUAUUCCAAUCCCAAUUCCCUUCAACCCCAAAACGUCCAGGGACCAACCUGAGAGCAGUGGUUCUGUCCGCAGUGCUCCAGAGUCCUCAGAAGCUUCAGCCUCUGGGCCUCACUCUCCAGGUUCCUCUGUAGGUGACAGAGGGGAGCAGAAGAUGGAGUCAACUAGUGGGGAGCGUGCCUCUCCUGUACGCUCAGAAAGAAGCAGGACAACAUUAGUGGACUUGACUGUGAAGGCAGAGGAUAAUUCAGGUAACCUUUGUCUGUCCACUGGCCCUGGACUGAUGGAUGGAGUUAUUGAUCUGACUGUGGGCCAAAGGUCAUGCCAGCAGCAGGUUAUUCACAGGAUGCUACCUGGGGUCCAGGUCAAAGUAGAGGCAGAGGCUGAAUCAAGAUCUCCACCAGCUGCUGGACUGGGGAGGGAAGGGAAGGGCAAUCGUGAUAGUGGGGAUGAGACUCUUAUUUCACAGGGCCUCCUCAGCGCAACGGAGCCAGAAGCUACCACACACCCUAACACACUGGAAUCAUCAGCCCCAUCUUCCAACAACAACAGCCCCUCUGGCAAAGCUGACCCUCCACUGAUCCAGCUAAAUCCCUGUGUCUCCAACCUUACCACACCACCCUUACCCAGUACAUUACGGACCCAGCCCCAGCACCAAACUAGCCCCGCUGCCCCAUGUAACGUAAUAGUCAAUGGUACAGGAUGGCAUUCACUUCUCACUCCUGCAUUUGAGUCUUGCCCUGACCCAGGAGGAGACGGUGUUUCAGGAGAAGGAAAGGCAGAGGAGCAGACAGCUAACGGCGACCUGGAGCACGAGGCACUGAAAGAGAACAAUUGCUCAGUGGGUGAAUGGGAGCCAGGAAAGCGGGUCUCGGCACAAGACGAGAUCGUGGACACAGUGGAGGGUAAGCCAGAUCCUGACUCCAACUUGGAGGAGGGCGAGCACGCCUACGCCCUGCCGCUGCUGUCGACUGGAGGCUGCGUCGUCAUCCAGCCUGUGCCAAAGCCCGCCCCUGACAAGACGGCCAUCCUGUCCUGCUCCAUCAGUGCGCCGUUAUCAGCAGCUGGGAGUCCUGAGCUGGAGCCGCCGCUGAAGAGGAGGUGUCUGCGAAUUCGCAAUCAAAACAAAUGAGAUGGAUGCUCUGAGGACCGCAGUGCCAUCAACGACGCUCACUUGUCCACCCCCCACCUCCAAAUCCCACCAACUGCACCACUCCUCACGUGAACACACACACACGCACACGCACACACACACAUUGUCCUCGUCCUCACCCAUCGUCCAGUCUACCAGCACCACAAAUCGCCUUCGAUGACUGAUGAGAGUCUAAGCAAACGUGACAACGUGUAUCAUAGUAGAGCCAACAGGACUCUUUUCUCUGUGUGACAGACCUUCUGAUGGACUCCACUUCCACAGACUGGAUGUCAUGGCCAGCAGGACUAAUUGACCUUUGAACUGAAGACAGUAUAUUCCUGCAACAGCAGGACUUUACCCCGCUGCUUCUCUCCUCAUUUAGACUCUCAGCCCACACUGCCCCUCAGACUCCAUCCACCCUCCCUAUCUAACAGCGACUCUCUGUGUUGACUUUAACUAUGGAACGCACUGUAGUGUCUGAUAUUCAAAGCUGGAAAUCAGUGAAGGAGCCCCAAGGACAGAUUUCCGUCUCUCAGUGAAAAGCUUCGGUCCAGCCUGUUGAAAGAGAACAGCUACAAAAUCUCUGCUUCAGUAAUUGUUCAUUUCUUUUCACCCAUCUUGCCACUAAACUCAUUCCACAAAGUCGGCAGAGCCACAGAGCUGGCAAAAAAAAGAAUCUUCUUGGCCUAUUCUUGUCCACAACCAGCAAAAAUGUACUUGCCAAGCUGACACCGAGUGUUCUGGGUGAUUCUGGUGCGUGGCAACUGAAAAAACAAGUCUGAAUACAAUUAAUGCAGUCUGACUGAAGGGCAGUGUAUAGAGAUCUGUCAGUGAGAGGCUGGAAAACUGUCCUUGGACGUGAAAUACCCUUCAGUUGUGUUGAGAGUUAUUCUUACUGAAUCAGCAAACUGGAGAUAUUGUUAACCUUCACCAGCAAGUAACAGUAUGUGGGUGGAAUCAUGCAGUCGCUGCCAUUUUCCUUUGGCAUCUAUUUGUUUGCUCUUAAACUUCACUGAAUUUAGAGAUAUUGUGACACCAGAACGAGACGCAGCUGUCAUGAUACUGUUCCUGUCAUUCCUAUUAUUGACAUUUUUAAACCAUUUGGAAUGCCGUUCCUCUCCUUAAACGCAGAGUCGUGCUAUAGUAGCAGUAGGCCUCUGCUGUCUGACAACAUUUCAAGGCUUACUGCACCACCAACAGAACUGAGAUGGCAUGGCAAUGUGGAAACUCUGCCAACCUGCAACGGGUACUUGCUACCGCAGGCUAGUACUUAAUCUUUUCUAUAAUACAUUACCAGUGAUGUUCCUGUCAUGGGUUAGUUUGAGACUGACUGCGCUGAAUUUAGAGGGGGCAGAGGGAAGCCAGCUCUUUCAUAAAUUAUUCUUUUGGGACCUAGAGGAAAACUGCUGAAGUAACACAACAGAAAUAUUUCCAUAAUAAACACACUGAAGACAAAUUCAUUUUGGCAAUAAUUUGGAACACGUUGCCUCUCGCUUGUCCACUAAUCCUGCCAAGUAACUUUUUUUAAAAAGUCAGAUUAUAAAGCCAGUCUUGUCCUUGACUCAAUGUCAUGCUCUGUGUACAGCCUUCUGGGGCAGUUUAAGGAAAUGCAACACAACUGUCGCCCGUCCAGUUUGAUCUGAUCCAGUUACACUAAAGCCCGAGAGCUGGGACGCCAUGAAACAAUGCCAGCAUUUAGUUUACACUCCUAUGGAGGAGGUACAUUGUACCAGUGUGAGACAAGGUAUUAUCAUAUGCCAAAGGCCUCUGGUGUGUUGAAACAAAAUAUGUCACCUUGUUUUCAAUGGAAAUGGGAUUUCAAACUGAAGAUCUGACCAGAUAAUUCAUAGUUGCCAAAAUAAAAAGCACUUAUUUCAAGAAAAAAUAAUGGAAGCUACAGGAAAACACAAGUGGAUGCCAGAAGCAGUGUUACUGUUAACACUCUUUUUGGUUUACUCAGCCCGUAAAGACCUAUGAUGUGACACGCUCAUUAAAACAAAUACAAUUCUGAUUAAAAAAGACAACGCAAAGUCCCCCUCAGUCAGGCCUUACAUUAGAUGUGGGCAUUGCUUUGCAGCCAGAUCUCACUGUUUGUCCUGAACCCUUUGUUUUCUUUCUUUCUGUCACGGUGAGACAUUGUGUGAUUCACACUGACUCCAAAUGAGGCCCAACAAUUACUCAUACAGUUAUUCACACGUAACAAACAUACAUACUCAUGUCACAUAGCGGGUGUGUUGUAACUUGGUGUACGUGUUUGUGUGUGAGGCAGGUGCAAGCAGAGAGCCCAGCUGAGUGUUGACUCAGAACAAGCAGAGUGCAACCCUAUCUGCUGCCUGUUAGUCAGGCAUUUAGGCUCAGCCUACCGCCUGCCAAGGCCCAGCUUUGGUGUCACUUAGAGCACUUCCUUUCCCCCCGCUUCAUUUCUCUGCAAGCAAAGGCAGCGAAAAUGGUCUGUUUGAGCCACCUGCUUCUGUCUCGUCUGCUUUGUCUGCUCAGCUGCAUUUGAGUUUUGGUGGAGGUAAUAUUUUUUCUCUAAUACUUUCUUAGUUUUCCAGAUGCACAACAAUUUGAAAAUCACAAUUUAUAUCACAAAAACAGGUUCUUUUCUUUUAAUUUUAACUGUUUUAUGAACUGUUGUGUUCUAAAAUCGAGAUUUCUCUCUACUUUCUGGGUACUGACAGCACUAAAUUUAGGGCUAAUGUGGUCUUUGCUGUCUAAAUAAUUGAACCCAAAACCAGGGCUGUGGCCAGGAUUUUGGGCCCUUAUAGUGCCAUCCCCAGGCCAUGAUAUCAUGUUUUCAUCAAAAAACAUCUUCUGAAAUACGCUUGUUCGCUUUCUUGCCAAAAUCAACCCUAUAGUUAGCAGUGUAGCUUAGCAUAAAGUCUCUGUCCAAAGCUAACCAAUCCAUUUUAAUGCUUCUUGGACAGAUAUGAAAGCAGUAACUGUGUACAAGGCAGUCCAUCCAUCAAUCCAUAACCUAUAUGGAUCUAUAUAAGAGACAGGAUGAUCUCUGGACAGGUCACCAGUCCAUCUGUAGCAACACAAAGAGACAAAUAGCAUGCACACUCACAACUACAGCCUGUUUAGAAUCACUAAUCAACCUUGUCCUUGGUCUGAGGAAGCACCAGAGAAAACCCACCCAGACACAGGGAGAACAUGCAAACUGCACACUGCUGCAAGAAAGCCAUUUAGCAUUUCCCCCAAAUGUUAAAUUAUUCUUUUAAAAUCCCUUCCUGGAGAAGAAAUGCUAAUUGUUUUGUUGACCUUUUCUUGACCUUUCUUCUGGUGCCACCAUCAGGCCAAAUUUGCUAUUUUUUUUUUUUUAUUUAGCCCAACUAGUAGCUGAUCUCCCAGACUUUCUCUAAGUAGGUCGCUCUCCCAAACCACAAGUUUCAGGCUGAUUAAAAAGGUUGAGAGGGCUUGAUUUUAAUGAGGAACUAACCACAAUCCGUUGUCAUGUCUGCUUUUUCUCCUGCUUGACACCUUUGCACACACACAUGCAGACACACUCAGACGACGACAACGUGCCCAAUUAUGUCCGUUUCCAAUCUGCACCAUGCUGUGUUGGCGUUACUAGCAGUCUACUGUCCCCGGCUGAGGCAGGUACUGAAGGUAUGAAAGAAUAACGCUCAUGUGGAAAUCCUGGACCACAGAAUCAGUCGUUGUGAUGGCAACCAGACUCGUGACAAAUCUCCAGCAUUCCUUUUUUUGUGAUGAUGGACUCCAGGCCUGGUCAACAGCCUGAAUUAUGCAAUGACAACUAACUCCAAACCUAAUAGAAACGAGUGGUCCACAGACAGAAUAAAAACAUGAUACGACUUCAUGUUACUUUUCAAAAACAACAGAGAAGUUGCCUUAACUCUUGCUUGUAUAAUCUCUACAGUUAAGACAAUGAUGCUCGCUUGUAAAGAAGACUCUCCCUUCUUUGUACAAAAAGAAAUAUACCAGAAACAACAACUUUGUUAUCUUGCUAGUGUCAAUGUAUAGAUGAUCAGCAUUUUCUGUAACUUGUAUGGACCGUCACAUUUUUGCUAAGAAGAAAACCCUCCUCCCAAGUUCCUUGUUCCUAAACAUCCAAUCUGUUCAACGUUUUAACUCGUGGUGGACUGUCAAUCUUUUUGUGUACAUUUUAUAGUAUUAUUUAUUGUUGAGAAGUUUUGCAUUUGCAAAUAAUAAAAAAAAAGUGAAGGUGGUUUGACUUGAGCAUUCAAUUCCAAUGUAAAUGGCUGGUGAACAGUGAAAUGCUUUUUUAAUUAUUAAAACGGAGAAAACAGUGAGGAGCUCUUUUUAUUAUGACGUUGUAACAUGUACAUAACAUGUGGCCAAAAUUGCUUUGGAAAUAAUCCUUUUUUGUGUUGUAACAGUAUUUGUUUUAUUCAGUGAAUUGCCCAUGAAGACAAAUAAAUAAGAGGCACACACAA